AUGUGCGCUAAAUACGAAGGCCGAAACUCGAAUAUUGCUGCUGAAAUUGAGACUAACUUACUGCCCGCCGUAGAUCCGCUUAUCGUGUCCUUAAUGAAGGAAGACAGCUUCGUGAAGCACUUUUCUGAACUGAAGAAAACAAACGUAGCUGCGCUUAUGCUUUUAUCUGUAAUAUUGCAGAAAUUGGUGUUGUCUCCGCCAGAAUUCCUCGAGUGCGAACUUUUCGAAGCUGUGUUCCAGAAUAUCAGCUCGUGCUCAACUGAAUUACAUUUUGAUGUCCGAAUUGCAAUUGUACCGUCGACAAGCCUGCAACUGCCUCAGGAAGUAUAUCUGUACGACGCUCUUGUCGUGCACACAGCUAGUCUCAUUAUCAGCGUAGUAUCCGAGCAGGAUUUCCAUCGUAUCGAACAGCUCCUGAUCACUCAUUUACUACAGUCUUCUGUUGGGAUGAAAUUAUUCAUCUGCGACUUAUGGUGUGUGCUCGUCCGCUACGGAAGCUCAGAAUUGUGCUUCGAACAUGCCAAAUUGUUAAUGAGAGUGUUGCAACAAAUUCACCACCAGAAAUUGGAGACCGUUAUUAUUAAAUCAUUGCUCAAGAGGUUUUUCAAAUUCUUAUCCCGUGCUCAGCAGCAGAAGUUCAUCAACUUUGUCAGUAAUGAUUUGAGCUUGUUGGUUGAAGUCGUUCAUCCUCAACUGAACUGUACGUUGUCUAUCCUGGAUGAGUCAUUCGUUACAAACGUUUCAAAGCGCGUACAAGAAUUAA